CCCAACCUUUCUAUAAAUUCGGUCAUUUCGCGCGCUUUCCCCCUGACCAGAACCGGACACUUAGCCCUCUGUGCUGUCCACCACUCUGUUCGGACCCGUCACCCCUCAAACACCUGAAGAGGAUGAUGCAUCUCUCUCGUUUUCGCUCCCAGAGGAAUGCGUUGGCUGGGAGGAUGGUUACAGCGAAAGCAGUAAAGGAUUUCUCAUUUGUGCACGAGUUUUCAUCAUCUGUUGGUUUUUCCUCUGGUAGUGCAGUCAUCGGAAGGGAUGAUCGUUCAAACAAGUUUUAUCCUACUCACACUAUUUUUAAGGGGAAAGCUGCACUUUCCCUCUCCCCCAUCAGCCCCAAGUUUGGUCAAGCAGAUAAUGGUAUCUAUGUUAAGAAGCCAGGUGCCGUGCUGCUGAUUUUCUGGCCUGCCAUUGGCACAAAGAAAUAUGACUGGCAGAGAAGGCAGGCAAUCUCCUUAUCACCUACAGAGGUUGGCUCGCUGAUAAGCUUGGGUUCUGGGGAAUCAUGCGAAAUUUGCCAUGAUAUAUCAAAAAUUGAAAGUAUGUCAAGCCAAGCUGUAAAGCGGUUUGCAGUUCAACCACUCACUGACGACAAUCGCAUAUUUCACUUGAGCGUGAUUGAUAAUAUUCAGAAGAUCAAUGAUCGCUUUUCUGUUCCUGUCACAAAGGCUGAGUUUGCUGUUAUAAGAACAGCAUGCAGUUAUGUUUUGCCACACAUGAUUGGAUGGGAUAUGAUUGGCAGCCACGGGAACCGAAUGCUAACAAGUCCUUCCAGGUCUGCACAUCAUUCAAAUUCCAGAGACUCCUUAGAUUUGUCAAAUCCAGAUUUGGAAUGGGAAAGAUGAUAUCAAUUUGGUUUUCCUGCUCAGAAGUCAUGGGCUUUAGUUUCUGGAGUGGUUAUGUAAUACACAAUUGCCUUCUGAACAACUGGUGUGCUCUGGUUUCAUAUGCUGCGCCAUUAAACCAUGACAGUGAUCCUCUGAAGGUUGGUUCUAAAGCCUCACUGUAGAAGCUAUCUCUUUAUGCUUUGCUUCUAUGAACUGGAGACCUGGUAUCAUAUGAUAGGAAGUAACUAGCUGGUGUUCUUGGAUGUA